AGGAAGCAGGCUCCCCACUGAGCAGGGAACCUGAUGUGAGGCUCCAUCCCAGGACCCUGGGAUCAUGACCUGAGUUGAACACAGACACAUAACUGACUGAGCCACCCGGUUGUCUUGAAGAAGACUUCUCUGAAACCAGCCUGGCAGCAGUGGCAAAGUCGGGGCAGGGGGGAAGAGGGAGAAGUCAAAAGGCAAAACGUGCACAGGGAAAAGCGCGAACGCAGUCCCCCACUACCACAAAUUAUGCAGUCGAGUUUCCCACAUUUGGGGAAAUCGCAGGGGUCAGCACAUCCGGAGUGCAAUGGAUAAGCCUUGCCCUGGGAAAACCACCUUCAUGAUCAUGGACAAUAACAGAAACAAACACGAUGCAGGAAUGUCGACUAUUACUGGUUCAUGUUCGAGAACACAGUCAAGGAUCACCUCCAAGACCUUUGGCGAUGCAGCGUGGUUGAGGAGGAUUCCUGCCAGAAGUCCUAAGACAUUUGAGAAAGUAAAUUAUAUAACACCCUUUCUUUAAAUAUUAAAACUAAAAUUGAAAUAAUUCAUGCAUGCUUUAAAUAAUAGGAAGACAUUUUGUCAAGUAUGUAUUAUAAAAACAAAGCACAUUUGGUCAUACCACAGAGAUACUACUAAUAAAGUUCGUUCUUUCUUUCUUUCUUUCUUUCUUUCUUUCUUUCUUUCUUUCUAGUUUUGUCUCAUGCCACACUUUAGUAAAAUUCAUAUUACUCCUUGACUACUCUCUCGCUGCUCUUGGCUUUCUUCUUUCUCUUCCUUCUCCUACUCUUUUUAAAAAUUCAUGCAUAUUUAGGAUUGAUCUAAUUUUAAUUUCUUCUGACUUAAGGCUACUCUUGGAGGGGAGCCUGGGUGGCUCAGUUGUUGAGUUUCAGCUCAGGUCUUGAUCUUUUGAGUCCUGGGAUCCUGCCCUGAGUUGGACUCUGUGCUCAGCAGGGGGUCUGCUUGAAGAUUCUCUGCCGCUGGGGCGCCUGGGUGGCUCAGUGGGUUAGGCCGCUGCCUUCGGCUCGGGUCAUGAUCUCAGGGUCCUGGGAUCGAGUCCCGCGUCGGGCUCUCUGCUCAGCGGGGAGCCUGCUUCCUCCGCUCUCUCUCUCUGCCUGCCUCUCUGCCUGCUUGUGAUCUCUCUCUGUCAAAUAAAUAAAUAAAAUCUUAAAAAGAUAAAGAAAUAAAAAAGAUUCUCUGCCUCUGCCCAACCACACCCCCCCACACAUUCUCUUUCAAAUAAGAAUUCUUUAAAAGGAGAUGAAAGUAAGAAAAACCUGAAAAAAAUAAACAAAAGCCUACAAAAUAAAAAUACAAAGAAUGCUACCUAGUGAUUUCCCUGAGCUCUGCAGCUUUGCAGCCCUCUCUGAUCAGUGAACUUGAGAGGGGUGAGCUGUUCGUGAUGGCCUUCUAGGGGAGGGGCUCUUGCCCUGAUCCUCAGGGGGACUUCCCCUGGUGCAACUGCAGCUGGCCCAAGCAGCAGAGACGGGCCCUGGGUUCCAGCAAGUGCCGCUGUUUUACUCCCUGAAGGCUUGCAGCACCAAUGGCUGAGGUGACUGUCACCGCACCCUGCUCCCUACCCCGGAGCUGAAAAUUCACACCCAGCUCUUCAGUGAGCCCGCACAGAAAAAAACGUUCCACCGGUCUUAUCUCCUCGGAUUCUGUCAGAACUCUGCGUUCACCCUGCCAGGGACGAGGCAUUUUUAUCGUAGGCACGUGACUGAGUUCCAAUUCCAAUUGUUUUGUUUUGUUUUAUUUUUAAAGAUUUUAUUUAUUUGAGUGAGGGAGUGCAUGAGAGCGGAGAAGGUCAGAUGGAGAAGCAGACUCCCCAUGGAGCUGAAGCCCUAUGUGGGAUUCGAUCCCAGGAAUCCGGGAUCAUGACCUGAGCUGAAGGCAGUUGCUUAACCAGCAGAGCCACCCAGGAGGUGGGAACCACCCACUCCAGGUUCUAUGGAUUCCAGUGACACAGACCAACACCAGACCUGCGAGGUGUCAGAGGUCUCACCAAGCUCCUGCUUCUUCUGGACCUCUCCCAGGAAAGUGAUCACCCAACUAUGCUGUGAUUCGGAGUACAGGGCUUUACAGAGUAGAAAGCCAGGACAUAGCUUCAUGGUUUUCAGCCAUUUUCCCUAACUGAUGUCUGGGAACUCUGAAGCAUUCGGGCCCCACCUGGUCUUCUGGGGACCACCGGGAUCCUGAGAUCAUGCUGUCACCCCUGGGAUAUCACCCCACUUCACCCCUUGAACACUUUUAAGCCAGGAUUGUCCCAGACAGGGGUAGACACCUAAGUGUUUCAAUCAUGCACCUGGCUGUCGAUGGAAACUUUGCAGUAGGCUCCUUCAGGUAGGUGCCUCCCCUUGGAUGUAUCCAUAGCCCUAUCAUCCGCAUAACUUGUUCCCACCCAAGGGCCAAGGGCCAAGGGCCAAGGGCCAAGGGCCAAGGUCAGUCCCUUACUAAGGGAUUUCAUUGAAAAUUCGAAGCCUAAGUUCUUGAGAAGCUACUACCCAGCCCUUUGUAGGUGGGGCUGUCGUCUUCUGGGACUCCAGAAUAUGAGCACUGAUGAACACAUGUGUGCACACAGGAGCGAGUGUGCUUGUGCACACAAACACACACACCCCAGGAGGGACUGUGGGGUGGGAUCUGAUUAGUAGCAGAUUCCAAGAAGUUGAUAGGAGGGAGGAAAUUGGGUGGGAGGUAUUUCCUACCUGUGACAGCACUCCUCUAACAUCAUAGCUAUUAUCCAACCUAUGCCUGUGGACAUCUGAUAGAAAGACAUGCUGGAAUCAUCCGUAUUUUGCAGAGAAGGGACCAUCCCUGUCAGGCACAACGGCUUAUCUAAGGUCCAAACCAGAAGUUGGCUGAAACCACCCCCGCGAUGCCUCAGGAUGUUUCGAGGGAGACGCCAUAAGAACGCUCCAGAGGACAUGGUGCAGGAGCUGAAUGUUGACAUCCGCUGCUCUCCUUCCCCAAAAGACAAGAAGCCGCACAGGGACAACAGAGUCUGGCGCUGGCUCAGGGGGGAAAAUGGCUCAACCAGGAAGAGGAAUAAGACCUUGAUACUAUGGAACACUCGUGCCAGUUCAUUGGAGGCCAUAAUAGAUUACCUGGUGGCUGCCGUCAUAAAAGAAGAUCUAAACUAUGUUCACAUGUUUCUCGAAAUACAUCGCACCCUUGCUACCACCCAGGAGGUGCUGGGCCUCCUCUUUGCAAGAUUCGGAUGUGUUUACUCCACGUAUGACGAGGUCGGCGGACCCCAGGACCAGCGCAACAUGGCCGUCUAUGCCAUCCUGGAUAUGUGGGUGGAAAGGUAUCCAGGGGAUUUUGUGCAGCCUCCAGAGUAUCCCAACUUGCAUGCUCUACUGGCCUACCUGCAGGUCAAUGCGCCUGGCUCGGACCUGCUGCGCCGUGCCCAGCUUCUGCUGCCAGAAAGGCAGCGCGCUGAGACCACAGAGCCAGAGGCUGGGGCUACAUCACCGGCCCCGGAGCCAGAUCAGGAUGUGUCUCGGGAAGUGGUUCCAGCAGCCACUCUGGCACCCGCUGCACCUCUGGGGCCUGAGCUGGUCCCCGCCAUCCCUGCUGCGGCUGCUCACUAUGGGAUAGGAAGACCAGGGCAGAUGGUCGUCAGGGCCCUCGUUCACUUCUCUGCCACGGAAGAGCCACCAGGCCUUUUGACUUUCCUGGAUGACCAGCAGGGUCCUGCCCCCGAGCUGCCGCCACCUGCCUCCGUGGAGCAAGCAGGCUCAGCCCCCGAGCUGCCGCCCCCUGCGUCCGUGGAGCAAGCAGGCUCGGUCCCCGAGCUGCCGCCCCCUGCCUCCGUGGAGCAAGCAGGCUCGGCCCCCGAGCUGCUGCCCCCUGCCUCCGUGGAGCAAGCAGGCCUGGUCCCCGAGCUGCCGCCGCCUGCCUCCGUGGAGCAAGCAGGCUCGGUCCCGGAGCUGCCGCCACCUGCCUCCGUGGAGCAAGCAGUCUCGGUCCCCGAGCUGCCGCCACCUUCCUCCGUGGAGCAAGCAGGCUCUGUCCCCGAGCUGCCGCCACCUGCCUCCGUGGAGCAAGCAGUCUCGGUCCCCGAGCUGCCGCCACCUUCCUCCGUGGAGCAAACAGGCUCGGCCCACGAGCUGCCGCCCCCUGCCUCCGUGGAGCAAGCAUGCUUCGCUCCCGAGGAGCACCUUGUGCUUGCUACAACCAGAAAGCGUGUCUUUCCCAUCCCCCUUAUUGCUUUUUUUGUAUUUCUUCUCUUUUGUGUGUAUGUAUAUAAUUACAUACUAGAUUUAAUUAAAGACAGUAGAACUUGAGUUUACAUAA